GGCUAUUGACCAACCGAGAUCAUUCGACAUGUUGCAGGGCUCUGAUAUCAUUGCAUGGGCACUGUAGUUGAGUUAUCCGGAAUAUUCCUAUCCUCAGGUUGAGUAUGAGUGCCUGGAGCAAGAUAUAAAGGACUGAAUCCGAGGGAGCAUUCCCCUGUCAUCCUCACUGUCAUCCAUCAGAACUUCAUCAUGGCUGCUUCUGUGAUCUCCCUGAUUCAAAGCCUGAACUUGGACUUCAAGACCUUUUGGAGAUGGAUCCCAUCUCGCCACUAUUCGAGCGACGCAGUCGACACGCCGGUGACAUGGGAGAGGCAUCAAAACCUCUAUGCCCGGCCCUUUGAUCCCUUUGAGCAGUUCUUCAGCGACUACUGCGCUCACCCUGAUCGACCCGGGUUCCGUAGCCUGGAUGUGGUUGCCACCGUCAGCGUUAGCUUUGCAACCAAACCACCACCGCCAGCAGAGCUGAUCAAGAUCAUCAAAAACGCAUGGAUGAGAAUGCGGUACCUUCACCCUAGCCUUGCGGCCGAAUCCACCCGAGCCGGAUUCCAAUACGCCCCCUUUACCAGCCGGCUGUCUGUAGAGGAGUGGGUGGAAGACACCUUUGUCCUCUCCUCACCGGAGUAUGGACAAGAGCUGGGCGUCCCCGCCUCGAGAUCCUCCAGCAGGGUGAAACUGUACUAUCUGCCCAGCCAGGACGGAUUCCGCCUCACCCUGUGCGCAGACCAUAUGGUCCUGGACGGGCAGGGGACGGGCUUCCUCUUCCACGACUUGUUCACCGAAAUGGCGCGUCUGGAGGCUGGCGGUCAGGUGAUCCACGAGCCACUUGGGGCUGACCUCCAGAGACUGCCGUGUGGCUCGUUCGACACGCUGGGAAUUUCCGCCCGGCAACAGGAGCUGCUUCCUCCCUUGUCGCUGCCUCCUCUUCGCCCAGACGCAAAGGCAUUCGAGACUCUCCCCGUCACGAAGAAUGCCGCUCUUGCCGCUGACCAGCCUGGCAUCGGUCGGACGCAGGCCUGGACUCUCUCUGAAGAGGAAACCAGCGCUUUGUUCCGUGCGAUCAAGGCCCAGGGGCUCCGGUUCACCCCCUUCGUCCAUGCCGCCAUUCUCCAUGCCGAACGGAAGAUGAACGGUCGCCAGCUUCCCGCCAACACCACCUACGGAACCUCCCUCAUCUUCGACAUCCGUAACCAGUGCCGGGAUUCCCAUACUGCAGCCCUCCGGAUUGGAUUCUGGCCGAUCCAACUCAAGCUGGGAGACAGUAUCCGCCAGACCGCGCACCAGCUGAACUACGAAUACACGAGACUCGCGCAGAACAAAGCAGCCGCCAUUCUGAAGAUGGUGCCGUAUCUGCGCCAGGCAGCGUCUGUAUAUGCCGCGUAUACAGAGUCCAUCCAUAGCUUUAUCGGCGAUUACUCCCUGAAAGUGCGUGAGCAGUAUGGGUCGUUCCGUGUGCAGGAUAUCUCGGCCGUGGCGCAGCCAACGGACCAGCGCGUCUAUGUCGGGAUCCAGACUUUUAGGGACCGGCUGACAUUUAAUGUGGCGUAUAACGAUGCCUUUCAUGAUGCUGCACAGGUGGAAGAGUUUCUCAACUUGCUGAGGGAGACUAUCAAGGUUUGAUACUGUCAAGAGAGACUACAUGGCUACAUAAGAGACUGGAAGUAGAGUAGCAUGCUAUAGAAUGACAUGGAUUUGAACAGCCA